AUGCCCCUUUUGAACACCAUACAGAAGAAGAUUAGCUGGAAAUACAAGCGGAUAGAGAAGGCCACGAAGGGCGACAGCAGUGUUCCGAAUGUGCGACCGGGACUUAUCCAGGUCGUUGAACCGGGAAAUGGCCCAAAUGUAGAUAUAGUAUACGUGCAUGGACUCAGUGGCGGUCGCAAUGCAUCGCAGGUGCAGGACGCCUUCUCAACGAGCGAACUGUCGCACAGAAACCCGAACGCAAGAAUACUAAGUUGGAGCUAUGAUACAAGAGCAUACAGCUCGGGUUACAGAGUUGAAGAUGCGUUGGAAAGCCACACGAACUGUUUAUUGGAAGAACUCGCGACGGUGCGGUCGGAGGCAGACAUCGGGAAAAGGCCUAUUGUGUUUAUAGCACAUAGCUUGGGAGGCAUGCUUGUCAAGAAAGCUCUCUUGAAGUCAUGCGAAGCUGGAAUCGAAGAACCGGGCAUGAAUACGAUCAGUAUUGGGAUCAAGCAGUCGACACUGGGUGCUGUACUUCUCAGUCCUACUCACAGCGAGCAUUCGUUGAAACCUGCAAACUUGGGAAUUGUUGGCGAGAAACUUUACAAGCUGCAAAACGAAGAAUUUCAAGGUCUGUGUAAGGAUGUGUUCGUCCAGAUUGUGCACUGCGAUCCUCCUACUCCUCCUCCUACCACUACACGCUCACCUGGGAGGCGGCCAAGUAAUAGAUUCAGCAUAAAGAGGACAAGAACCUCCAGUUCCUCAGAGACAGACUCUUCAUCAAGCCAAAAGAGUGCCGAGUUUCCUCGAGAUGUGCUUGAGACCGUCAGUAGUCUCUGCACUACCUCGUCUCUGGAGAACCGGCAUUCUGCCAUACAGCGCGAAGAUGAAAAAGCGCAAUCCCCAACAUCCGACACAUUCCGUGACAACUUCAACAUAGGCGUUGUGCCAAAAUCAACAACACGCCAUAGUAAUACUUUCGUCGGACGCCAGGAAAAACUAUCAGAACUGUUCGAUAAAAUUUCCCAAGAAGAGCCUGACCAGAGAAUCGUCGUUCUUCAUGGUCCCCAAGGAUGUGGAAAGACUCGCUUGGCACUCGAAUGCUGCCGACGGAAUGAUACUUCUUUUUCAACCAUAUUCUGGAUCAAUGCCAGUAGCGUUCAUUCUAUCCAAUCAAGCUAUGCUGUAUUCGCAAAGGCCUUGGUAGACCAUUAUGCGACUCAAAUGGGAACGUCCGAUUCGCUUGAUUCUGUGUAUCGCCAUCUUGGUCUCAGCGACCUAAUCGACGACAAGACCCGGGAAGAUGGAUUCGAACAGAUUGCUGGAACGCCGCUGAUAGAUGCUAUAAAUAUGUGGUUCAGCCAAGUGUGCAAUAACAAAUGGCUGAUGGUUCUCGACAAUAUCGACGAAUCUGAUGUUACCAUACUGGCAGAUUUCUUCCCUACCCCCGUCUCUGGACACAUUCUUAUUGUUACUCGAUUGGAGGGUUACGUUGAGAAACAUGGGUAUCAGGACGUUCUAUUGGAUAACAUGACCAAAGGAGAGGGUAAAUUACUACUUCUGAGUCUGUUAACUCCGAAGCUGAUUCGUGAUUCUGAUCCUGACGAAGGUUUGUUUCUUCCGUCGCAACCUAUCUACCCUGUCAAAUUAACUCUAUGGCUAGAUGACUCCGCCCUCGAAAGAGUGGUCGAUGGUUGCAACCACUUGCCGAUGUCAAUUUCUCAGGCUGCAACCUUCAUCAAUACACUGUCUCUCACUCUUCCAACUUACCUCCAUGUGACCGAAACUUCUGGCAAUAAAUGGCCACCUGAAUUAUGGAAUGGCUACAACGACACACACGUUGAUGAGAUCCUCACCGCUAAUGAGCAUGUCUCAAAGAAACAAUGGAAAGGUCUUCAUGAACCAACAGUCCUCACUUAUGCAGACUGGGAGCAUCAAUUCCAAGACUUAGAAUCUUCUAACCCAGCGGCAUUGGAUCUUCUCACGUUGUGUUCUUUCUACGCGAAGGAUGAUGUCCCAGUAUCGUUACUCAGGCAAGUCAUCACAACAUACGAUCCGGAGGAAGCCUCCGAUCGACAGCUAGAACACACACUCAAAGACCUUGCUCAUCGGUCUCUAAUUACACGCCAGUCGUGUACCACACCACGAAAAUCAGAAGAUGAUGCUAUGUCAUGGAUUUCAGGGCGCGACAGUCCAGAACUUCUCUUCCCCAUGAUGGAGACUUCCUCAGCCGAAUUCAACCUCAAUGUUCUUCACCAACGUGUCAAUAUCAACGAGACGACUAAUUGUAUUUCCAUCCACCCCCUAGUGCAUCAUUGGGCACAAAAGCGACUACCCAAUCCUGUCGCUCAGGGACUAAUGGCCGAGAGAGCCUUUCAAGCCCUUGCGCUUGCUAUUCAAUCGUCGAAAAGGCCGCCCUCGGAUCUGAUCGGCCUUGAGAGCUUUCUUCCCCACCUUCAAGAAUGUCUUGAGCAUCUGGACAUGGUCAAUGGUGACCCGAAGAUUGACGUGAAGUGGUCUGUCCUUGCUGAUGUUUGCCGAUAUCAAGGAUUCCAUCAGUACGCGAGAAAAUUCUACAAAUUCUCAUUGAAGAGUGUUGAAGCGGAAACUGAGCGACCAAGUUCUCAAAUCGAAGCUGCUAGGCUACGGAUGAAGUUGGGGUUUGUCUAUAUUCAGCAGAAGCGCCUCGACAAAGCAGAAAAGCAGUACAAGAAAGCCACAGACCAUAUCGUAGCUGCCACACGCACAACAAAAGCUCCUGGAGAUUGUAACAAAAUCGCAAAUCUAGAGUUGAAAAUCUCGGCAAGUCUUGCCUCGCUUUACAAGAUCCAGAAUCGUUUUGAAGAGGCCGAGGAACGCUACUAUUCGAUCUUACCACGCUUCGAGGAAGUUUGGGGCUCCGAGGAUAUUCGAACAUUGCUUCUGCUGGAGCAAUUUGCUUCGUGUCUCUUGGCGGACGGGAAUUAUGAAGAAGCAGAAGCGUUGUAUCGCCGUGUACUGGUGUCAUACGUUAACGAAUUUGGUCUGGAUUAUCCGGCAGUGGCCAAGAUCCAACAGAAGCUUGCAAAAGCGUUGCAAUUACAAGGUAGGUACGAGCGAGCGGAAGGAUUCUUGCAGCAGGCAUUAAAUACUACCGAAAAGCGGCUCGGUAAUGAGCACCCGGAGACGACUAAGCUUUUAUUGUUUUCGGCACAGAUGAAAUGCUUCUUACGGAAGUUUGAAGCAGCGGAGAAGAUAUAUGAGAGUGUCCUGGCUCUACAGCGGAAAGUCACAGGAACGUCUAAUCCGGUGUUAUUGGAGUUGCGGGUCAAUCUGGGAAUGACAUACCAGACCCAGAAGAAAUACCCCCAGGCGGAAGCGAUGUAUCAAAAGGCUCUGGAUGAUUUGAGGGCGCAGAAGGAUAAGAACUCCCAGCAUGAGAAGGAGCUGAUGUUGAAGUUGAGGGCAUUGUAUGAUGAAAGCAAGCAGGCUAAUUCGGAGAAAGCGAAACGACUAGAGGAUCAGUUUCUUGAACAGUUUCCAGAAGACGAUAUCUCGCAGUCGAUCGCACUUCAGCGAAAGAGACAAGGUCCUAUGUAG